GGAAGCGUGCGGCGGCGAACCGUCGCGAGCUCGAAUGCCUUCGCAAGCCGGGCACUGCCGUGGAGAUCGCAGAGGAGGGGGAGUGGCUACCUGGCAGCGUGCUGGAGCUGAACGACAGCGUCCCCUCGCGUCUGAAAGUGACGGUCCAGCUGCAGGAAGGCAACAUCACCACAGUGCACCUGGGGAAGGUGAUACUGACAGAAGAAGGUCCCGAGUCGUCUCGCCGCCGAGGCGGGUCACCGGACUGGUCCAGGUGCAAGGGCAAAUCGGAGUCUGUCCUUCUGCAAGAACUUCGCGGUCACGCCAAGGAGGAAGCUGUCUGUGGCAGCGGUCCGCGCCCCCAGCUGCUGGGUUUUUGGACUGCAAAGACUAUGCCAAGCGUCCCCAGGCCUUUGAGGUGGGCUUGGCCAAACGCCGGGAGCAGGGCUCCGCCGAAAGCCAGAUGCAGCAGGAGGAUACGACCCAUGCCCGGCAAAAGCGUCGGAGUGACAAGGAUGCUGACGCAGAUCGAGAAUCGAAGAUGCUGCGCCGGAGCACAGACGAAGAGAAGGAGCGACAGCGCUACUCCAAGCAAAUCUUCGAGAAGUACGGGCAAGUCCGGACGCGUCCCAGCGCUGGGACAGCGCAAGACGAUGAUGUGGAUCGAAUUCAGCUGGGAUAG